UGUCAUGGAACGGGUUCAGGUUCAGAUCCCAGAUACUCCUGCAAAGAAAACUCAGAGACAACGUUCUAGCGGGAUUUCUAUGCUUACUGCCCCUACAAAUUCUUUAGAGGAAAACAAAGAGAACCCGAUUGCAGAGGACUUGUCUGCAAUGGACGACGAGGUAGUGGAUUGCAGUGGACUUAUGGACACGAUUUUGGAUUCCAUUGGUUCCUUGGAUUUGAACAAGCCUGUGUGGGAGGAGUGGGUGACUGAGGAAUUUGCUUAUGGUUAUAGGGCCGCAUUAUUGCAAACAGAAGAUCUUGCAAGGGAGGAUGAGGAAGUGUUGACAUAUAAUCUUCCAAGUUCUCAGUCAUCUUCCAAUACCGAAAAUCCUGAAAAUCACAGUUGCGGUUUUGGCAGCUUAGAGGGUUCUUUCAUGCCAGUUGUGCAACCUGGUUAUGCUGCUGAAUCCAUGUCACAAUAUAAUUUGAAGAAUCAGGAAUUAGUUGAUGGCAAGUACAAUAUUGCUGAUACAAAUUAUAUUGGUAGCUUAAAAAGAAAACUACAUGCUGCUACACUUCAAAUGCCACGGAAGAGACUCAAGAGGCCGAAGAAAAAAGUUUACCGGCCAAAAGUGGUACGUAAUUUAGGAAGGCCUAUACCUAGAAUGGAACCCAAGACUCCCACCAAAAACAAUGAAAGGAUGAAGCUCAAAACACCAAAAAUGAAGAAAAAUGUGUCAUUGAAGAAGUCUUCGAGCACAAUCAACCUCAACCAUGACCGAGUUCCUUUAGAUUUGGAGCCUAUUGUAUCAGAGGGAGAAAUUUCAAGCAUUGACAUAGAAAAGCACUCUAAAGAUGGAACCCGCAUCAUAUCAGAGAAGACAGUGGAGCAUUGCAUCACAAAAUGCAUUGAUUUUGAUAUAGGAUUAAAUUUUUUGACGAAGAAAAAGAGGACGACGAUGGGAAAGAAAUGGGAAGUGAAAGACUAUAGUAGAAUAAUGGAACCGAAUCUUCUGAAAAUAAAAAAGAAAAAAAGGAUGGGCAGGAGGAGAUGGGAAGUAGAAGUGUGGAAAAAAAUAGCUAGCAAGUUUCAGACAAACUAUCUUAAACGGAGACGCAAUAAAAAGAGAAGAACUGCCCACGAAAUCAGUCAACAGGAAGUGCGCAACAUCUUUAACACCGAAAAGCAGUUGUCUCCAUGCUUCAUCACCGAAUCAGGAGUAUUGAACAUUGAAGAAAGCUUAACAGGAAUGGUGAGCUUACUGGAAAGUGAUAGUUUUGAGUUGUUCUUCAAAUCAACAGAUAUACUUGAAGAUAAUAUCAAUGUUGUGCAAAAACAUCAACUUAACCGUGGGAUACUUGUUUGUUACCAAGAAAAUGAGAAACAUGGUCCUCAUGUUGAGCUGGGUAUCGUAGCCAGUGCAAAUGGUGAGCUUGGUAUGGUAGCCACGACAAAGGGAAAGGGAAGGAGGCAAGAAAAGCUUGAGAAAUUAGAACAUGGUGAACUAGCUCACCCAUGGAAGCUUCAAUUGCAAAAUGAAGUUAAGGAGGGGGACAAACAUGACCCGAAUUCUGAAUUUUGGGAUAAGGAGAGACAAUUCUUUCAGGGUCGGAUUGACUUAUUUUUAACUCGUAUGUGCAUCGUUCAAGGAAAUAGAAAAUUUUCAGAAUGGGAUGGAUCAGUUAUGGAUUCGAUAGUCGGAGUUUUUUUAACACAGAACGUAUCAGAUCAUCUAUCCAGUUCUGCCUUUAUAUCACUCGCUGCAGCUUUCCCAUAUCAGCCCAGUUGUAACCAAGAAUUAACUUAUGCAAACUCAGAGCCAAGUUGUGAGCAAUCAAGAAUUGUUAAAAUUGAGGAAUUAGUAGAGGGUGGAAUCUCAAAGUCCAGCUGUGAAUCACAAUCAAAUGACCAAACAUAUUGUGAAGAUAUAAAUAGUGGCAGCCAUAAAUUGGUUGGAAGUAACAUGGUAUUUGAUAAAGAGUCGUUCACACAAGAAGCCACAACUACAAUGAAGUACGAAAAUCAGAAGUCAAGUGAUUGCGAAAUGGUAUUAGCCAAACAAGUUGAGUUGCAGCAAAAUUUUGAGGGUCAAGAUUAUUACGUGGACAUGCCAUCUGAUAAGCCUGACUGCUCGAUUGAUAUUAUUACUGAAAAUUCGCUUUCUUACUUCAAUGAGGAAAAGCAAAGAAGAAAGAAGUUGAAGGUGGAUGCUCGAGAAAUAAAUAAUGAGGGUGCUAUGGUGAAUGGAAAACCUGAUUGGGAUUAUUAUAGGAGAGACAUUGAAAAGGAAAGAAAGAUCAGGCACAUGGCGGAUUCGGUAGACUGGCAGGCCGUUAGACAAGCAGAUGUUGGUGAUAUUGCUGAAGCCAUCAAAGGACGUGGACAACAUCGUGUCAUCGCAGAUCGAAUAAAGAAAUUUCUUAAUGACGUGAAUCAAGACCAUAAAGAAAUAAACCUUGAGUGGCUAAGAUGGGCUCCAGACAAACUAGCAAGGAAAUAUUUGACUAAUAUCGAGGGAAUUGGCCUGAAAAGUGUAGAGUGCGUGCGCCUUUUAGCACUCAAGCAGAUAGCCUUCCCGGUGGACGUUAAUGUUGGCAGGAUAGCCAUUCGUUUAGGGUGGGUGCCUAUGCAACCAUUACCUGAAGAUGUUCAGAUACACGUAUUAGAAGAGAUGCCGGUUAUGGACAAUAUUCAAAAGUAUCUUUGGCCUCGGCUAAUGAAAUUGAAGUUCGAAGAAUUGUAUGAACUACACUAUCAAAUGAUAACCUUUGGAAAGGUUUAUUGUACCAAACGUAAACCUAAUUGUCAUUCAUGUCCAAUGAAGAACGAGUGCAAGUAUUAUCUUAGUGCAUAUGCAAGUUCAAAAUAUGCUGCUUUACCGAAGUCAAUGAAGAAGCAAGGACAAAAGAAAACUGAUGUGGUUAUUUGCAAUAAUCAUCUUUCUUCUGGGUAUGAGCCAGUAAAUGCAGCAUCACAAUCAUAUCUUGAGGACACUACUAAAUUAGAAUAUCAAAUAAAAGAUUGUGAACCGAUAAUUGAAGAACCAGCAUCACCUCGACCGUCAUUUCCGGAACCAGAAUAUGUGGAAAGAGAUAUUGAAGAUUUAUUCCUUGAUGAUCCUUUUAAAGAGUUCGUAAAAAGUCCAUAUAUGAAUACAUUUCGAGGAAGUGAUAUCUCAACACUAGUUCCCUUUAUGACUCCAGAAGAUGCUGCUUUCAUCCCCGCUCGUAGACUAAAAGAAGUGGACCGUUUGAGGACAAAACACUCAGUCUACGAGAUUAAAGAUCAAGGCCCUUUAUUUAAAGAGCUACAACUAGAGAGACGUCACCCUCAUGAUAAUAGUCCUUACCUUUUUGCCUUGUGCACAUCAGAUCAAAUGGUAAAAGUAUCUCAAUCACCUGAUCAAAACAGAUGCAGUUGCAAGGGAUCUAAUGAUUCAUCAUGUGAUGGUGAGAAGACAUGUUUUUCUUGUAACAGUCUUUCAACACAAGCUAAUACUGUUCAAGGAACAAUUUUGAUACCUUGUAGAACAGCAAUGAGGGGAAGUUUUCCAUUAAACGGUACAUAUUUUCAAAUUAAUGAGGUUUUUGCGGAUCAUGAAUCCAGUAUACGCCCCAUCAACGUUCAUAGAGAUUUGUUAUGGGAUCAGACGAGAAGAGAUGUAUACUUUGGAACAUCAACAAGUGCAAUUCUUAAAGGCUUAUCAACAUAUGACGUUGCGAUGUGUUUUAAGGAAGGUUUUAUUUGCGUUAGAGCAUUUAAUCGGGAAACACGCAGGCCUGAGCCUCUAUUAGAAAGGUUUCACAUUUCAACCGUCAAAACCGCAAAGAAAGGAAAGAAAAAAGCGGAACAGAAAGAAGACGACUGAAGAGUUGGGGAUACUAAUCUUAACAAAUAUAUGAUAUCUUUGGCAUAACAAUAGAAUCCAAAUCUCGCAUUGUAGCCAAACAAUUGGUUUCCAAAUUG